AUGGGCCAGCAGGUCGAAGGGGGACCCGACAAGGCCUCUGACUUCGUGAUCAAUGCCAUCGAUUUCGAGGACUUCGAAUACAAUCCCUAUCGCCUGACAGAGGUCGGAGUCGCGGUUCCGGACUCUCGGGAUAUCCGGGGAAGCAGUGCAAGAAUUAGCUUCGGCGAGGUCGAAGGGGGCCCGAGCUCAACCAAGACUAGGUAUCCUCACGCUUGCACAUCCAACCCUCCCAUGAAUAGCCAGACUUCAGACACUCCACUUGACAAUAUGCCUUACGUGAUUGGCAACAACGAUACGCGAUCAAUCGUCGACCAACGCGAAGAGCGAACCAUGCAUCUCUCCAACCUAUACUACAGGUUGCAGAUGAGACGAGAUCAGCUGGAGGCCGGCACAUGGGCUCUCUUGAAUGAGCGUAUCCGUAACCAGACACAGAUCCCAGAAUUAGAUGCCCAGAACUCCGCUUGGGGGACCGAGAUCUUCGAUCCAAUAAUCCAUCGAUAUCACAGCAGCGAUAAAACUGGUCCGGAAUCCAGAAUUUCACUCUCGAAUUAA